UUCAUCCCCACGACCCGCUCCUACCGCAACCAAGAUGCGGUCCUCAGUCACUACCGCCACUGCGCCGCCCAGGAAGCCCGCGAGACGGGGCUUGACCAUUCGGGCAGAAGAGGGCGCGGGCGCGGGCGCGGGGCCUGAGGCGGCGAACGACUACGAUCGCUUUUUCUGGACCUACACGGAGGAACCGCACCGGACGCGCCGGCAGGCUAUCAUAAAGACACAUCCAGAGGUAACGAAGCUCUGCGGUCCCGAACCCCUCACCAAAUAUGUCGUCGCUUCCGUCGUAGCCCUCCAGAUCCUCUGUGCAUAUCUGCUUCGCGAUGCCCCCAUAUUAUCGUGGCCAUUCUUCCUCACCGCAUACGUCGUCGGCGCGACGGCGAAUCAGAAUCUGUUCCUUGCGAUUCACGAAAUAUCGCAUAAUCUAGCUUUCCGAAGUCCGCUGGCGAAUAGGGUGUUCGCUGUGUUUGCAAACCUACCAAUUGGCAUACCAUAUAGCGCGUCAUUCAGGCCCUACCACCUUACUCACCACAAGUCGCUCGGCGUAAACGGCCUCGACACCGACCUACCCACGGCCUUCGAAGCCCUCUUCCUCGACUCCGUCGCCGGCAAGGCCUUCUUCUGCACUUUCCAGAUUCUCUUCUACGCCCUCCGCCCCAUGUUCAUCUACCAGCUACCCCUUACGAGGAUCCACCUCUUCAACGUCGUCGUACAACUAGCGUUCGAUUACGCCCUGGUACAGUUCAUGGGCGGGAAAGCGCUCGCAUACAUGAUCAUGAGCAGCUUUCUAGCUGGAUCACUGCAUCCAUGCGCCGGCCACUUCAUCGCCGAGCACUACGUCUUCGAGAAGCCGCAUAAAGACGCUUUGAACCCCGCGAAUAAGAUCCCGAUUCCCGAGACGUACUCGUACUACGGGCCACUCAACUUCUUGACGUACAAUGUUGGUCUGCAUAACGAGCAUCACGAUUUCCCCGCCAUUCCGUGGACCCGUCUGCCGACCCUCAAUCGUAUCGCACACGAGUUUUACGAUGACUUGCCGCGCCACAGGAGCUGGAUAAACGUUAUGUGGCAGUUCAUUUGGGACAAAGACGUUAGUCUCUGGUGUCGUGUGAAAAGAGAAGAAGGUGGAAGACGGGUUGGUGGAGGUAGUGGCUGGAAUGAGGAGGAGCUUGGAGCGAAUGAGAAGAAAGGCCCCAUUCCGGGCGUACUGUAGACAUUUGGCAUAUACAAAAGCAUUCCCGGCGUUUAGGUGUGUUGAUCGGCACAGUAAUGCAUGCAUCGAUUUGGCAAAGGACUCGAGCCCCUGUGACGGAACUGAGUUUGCGUGAGAAAUACGUCUAAUGUAAUCCAGUCAUCAAAACUAUGUACAGAGCCCUUGCCAUGGGAUUCGCCG